GCAUAACACCAAGUAUUGUUUCAAUUUAAAUUGAUGGAAAAGUCACUGAGCUAUAUCCUAGAGGUGACUUCUGAGUGACUAGUUCCUAUUGUUAAGGAAAUCAUCCACUACUGCAAGAGGUAUUCCUACAGAAUGUUUUGGAAGUAAUUCAUUGGACAUGGAGGUCAACAAUGAGUUUGGUGGAGAAACAGGUCAAUCAGACCUAACGCUGGUUGUUGAAAAUCACAAAAUACUCGUGUCAAAAUCCGUUCUGUGUAUUGCUUCACCUGUGUUCCGUGCAAUGCUGGAAGGUGACUAUCAGGAGAAGACAAUGAGUGAAAUACCAUUGCCUGGGAAGAUCUAUGAGGACUUUGUUGAAUUCCUCAAAUGUAUUUAUCCUGACAAGUUGAAGAAAGUAACAGAAACAAAUUCCUACCAGCUAAUUCCUCUGGCUCAUGAAUAUCAAGUGAAGAAAAUAGAAAAGCGAUGUGAAAAAGUUUUUAUUCAAACUGUAAGAAAGAAACAUACAAUAGAUGUCACAGAGUUAUACAGACACAUACAAUUGUCGGAGACAUUUGCUCUAGAGGAUUCGAAGGAAGUAUGUAUUUACUUGGCCUCUGAAAAUAAACUGGCUCAAUUUCUGACAGCUCAAGAGAAAUACAAAAUAUCAGAUGCCAGUCACAACAUGAUAAUCAAGUUGGCUCUGCGGAGACGAGAACUUGAUUCGGAAGAUGACAAACACCUUUCUUUGAACACUGACAGACAGGCUGCUAGUGUGUCUUCUGGUUUUAGUUUUGGAACUUACCCUACUGAAAUAGCUUGUGUUUUUUCAGCACCUACGGAUUAUCAUUCCUAUACUGAUGACAAAGUGAAGUUUACUUUGACUGGAUAUAUCAGAGAGAACAAUAGUGAAGCUAAGGGCAUAUUAAGAGCCCUGCGACUAUCAGUAAGAUACACUAUCACUGAACGCAAUAUACGAUCCAAGCUAAUACAGAAGUUAAGAGACAUUAAACCAGAGGCGGACGCAGCAGAAGACUUUAGGGAGGAAUAUAGUUUACUACCUGAAGCUAUAAAGCUGGCAGUACAAAAUAAUUGACAAAACGUGAUACAAUUCUUGUACGUUGUACUGGAUAUAAAUUUAUUUCUAAAUGAAAUAUGGUUUCAUUUGAUCUUUUUUAUCCAUUUAGUAAACAUUUUUUUAUCCCUAGUGACCUUAACCUUGAUUCUGCCAGCCUCGUUCUUAAGUUUGACGCACACCAUCUUAAAGUCCAUCCGUUUACUUUAAAAUAUGAUAGUAAUUAGGUAAGAAAUAUUAAAAAUGUUAGAGGGAUUUACUUUUAAAUCCAUGACCUUUAAUGCGACCUUGACCUUUGAGUCUAGGGUCUGGUUCUUGUAUGUGACACAUCAUGCUAUAUUCUCUGGUCCUUUUGAAUUGUUGGUGUAUAAAUAACGUAUUUGCAUAAUAAUGCACAAAUUAAGCAGGUGCUAGCGGGCUUGCUAAGUGAUACAUAUAUUUCAUCACCUGUCGUGAACAGACACAUUAAAACAGAGACUACCAUUGUUUUGCUUUGUAGCGUUACACUUCCUAAGGACCUUAGAUAGGCAUAGGCAAUAGAGAUCAAUAUAAUUGCACCUUUACUAAUCCUACCAGUGUUCUGUAUAACAAAAGUGCUUCUAUUGUGACAUUUUGAUACAAGCAAAACUGUAUUAUCUGCACUAUUAGUUACUUACUGUUACUUACCAUGUGCAAGUUGACAGAAUCAUAGGAACCAUGUUUUGAGGGGUAAAUCAAACAUAAAUGAAUAAAUCCUUAAUGAUUUUAUUGUACAAAAGUAUGAUAUUGUGUCUAAAACAGUUUUCAUUUUCUAAUCAAUUGUGUAAUUGCAAGGGAAGUAAAGUAAUAGAUAUCUCUGCUUUUAAGUACUAGCCAAAGGCAAGAGUUGUCAUUCUUUGUGGAUCACAACUUUAAAUCAAAAAAUAAAACUUCUGUUAUUGAUAUUAACAAAACUAUUAUAAACUUCACAUUUGUGAAAUCGUUUUUGGUUAUUUCAAGGACUUGAAAAUCAAUUUCUAGAUUUUAUUUAAUGUAUUACUGUCAUUGAAAAUUUUAGGGCCUGUCUCUACCUUAGAGAGUUUAUUACAUUGGCAGAUGGUAUAACAGCAUUUAAAGUGUCUAUAAAAGUUAAAACAGACAUUGACCCUCGAGAAAUAUACAGUCCUAACUGAUAUGACCUUUAAUGACCUAUACACGAUUUGAAACUGCACUACAUGGACUAUAGCCUGGACAUAAACUUACAAUUGUGUAACCUUGUUUAUGGAACCAAAAACACAUUUGCUUAUAUUAUGUGAUCCUAGAAUAAACAAUUGCAUCGUAUAUAGCUCGUAAGUAGCAGAUACAAUUGUCCAUUACAGAUGGUUGUAAAAAAGGUGUAUAUAUGUAUAUACAAUUUCUGGAACCAUGGAAGUUCAUUCGAUAAAAUUGCUCAGUAGUAUUCCAAUUAAACCGGUGCUAGUUAGCAUGAAAGGUGCAGCAUAUUUCAUUACCUCUCGUAAACAGACCCAAUUAAACUGAGUCUACCAUUUUCUAACUUGACAGAUGCUUAUUAACAUAACAGUGACAAGCGUUUAUUGUGAGUUUUUUCCGCAAAGUAAUACGUUUCCCUUACUACAUUUCAACCUAGACACUUAUUCAGAUAGUAUGAUUUUAAAGCCCUACGAGAUUAAAGGUGAAGAGGUUGCAGACACACAACAGAGGGAGGAACUUGUAUCAAGAAGAGGAUGCUGCAAAUCAGUGUGUUUUGUAAGGCAGUAUUAACGUGUAGGUCUUUUAAAGAGCAGACACUAUGAUCAAGUAGUAAGACGCUAGAUUUCUAAAGCAUGGAUUGUGAGUUUGAAGUAUUAGCUCCAAAAUGUACAUAUAAAGUAUUACACUUGGGAUGUUUUGGAGCAUGUUUUGUAUCUUGCGCCAUCCUCCAACUGAAAUUAGAAAUUAAAAACAAAAGUUCCAUGACAUGCUAUUAGUAUAUACAUUUUACUGAGCUAUUCUGCUUGUACAUUAUUGAAGGAAUGUAUUAUUUACUUGUCACAUAAUAUCAAUAGAAGUAAAGUGAAUUGGUGUUUUAUCAAUAAGUAUCAUCUCGUUUGCAAUGAAGUCACGUUAUGUAUCGGCUAUAAACAGCAUUACUGUUCUACCCAUGGGUAAAUUUUAUCUUAUUUAAUAAUCUGACCUAAUUUGAAAACGAAACUUGAUUUUUGGAAAUUCUAAUUUUAACUUUAGUGAAACUCAAAACUGACAAAAGCUUUAACAAAGAUCAUUUGGAUUAAUAACGCAGCAA